CCGGUGUCAUCCAUCCUCUGCUCUCUGCAGGUCAGCACUAACGGCUUCGUGUCUCUGGCCGAGCCCAGCGAUGAGUCCAAGUACCUGGGGAAGAUGCCGGCCGGCUUCGGCAUGAUCGCAGCGUUCCUGGGAGAUCUGGACACGAGCGACGGCGCCGGACACGUCUACUUCCGGCAGGAGAAGAGCCCGGACGUUCUCCGGAGAGCCGCGGGUCACAUCAGCCAAGCGUUUCCCAGUGACGAUGGGAUCGACCCCACUCACGCCGUCAUCGUGACCUGGGAGAAUGUGCUGGCUCAGGGUCAGCGAGGGCGAGGAGAUGGACUUGAGUCAAUGAGAAACACGUUCCAGCUCGUUGUAGCAAACAUGGAUUCGGCGUCGUACGCUGUGCUGCUGUAUCCCGAGGAGCAGACCCAGUUCAGCUCUUCGCUCGUAGAGGAUGAAGACGUGCGGGUCGAGGCCGGGUUCAGCGAGGGCUUGGUGUCGGGCUGGUUCGGCUGGGCCGAGACUCAGGGCUCUUACUAUCGCAUCACUGAAGACAGCGAGGAGUCAGUCCGCGCUCUCGCACAGAAGACAAACUCGGGCCGGCCUGGCGUUUGGGUCUUCGAGAUCGGCACGUCUCCGUUUUUCAGCUCCAUCAUGCCCGGCGAGGUCACAGAGGUCACAGAGGUCACGGAGGUCACAGAGGUCACAGAGCUUCCGUAUGAAACGCUCACGCCCCGUCCGGAUCCGAUCUCCGAGUCCUCCACCCCUGACGAGCUCCAGUACCACUACGUUCCCCCGCAGAACCCGCAGAGCCGGCAGAACCCACAGGUUGUGAUCAUCGAUGAAGACGAGCUCAGCGUCGAAGUGUUUUCCUAUAACUACGAGACGUGCUCCAGCAACAAGCACAAGUGCUCCGCUUCCGCCGAAUGCCGAGAUUACGCCGACGGAUACUGCUGUCACUGCAAACCUGGUUACUAUGGCAACGGCAAGGAUUGCAUCGCUGAAGGGAAACCCCAGCGGAUGAACGGGAAGCUGAACGGCAGGCUGUUCGUGGGGGAUUCUCCGUCUCCGGUGGAGUUCUCCAACAGCGACCUGCACUCGUAUGUGGUGGCGAACGACGGGCGAGCGUACAUCGCGGUGAGCAGCGUGCCGGCUAGCGUGGGCCCGUCGCUGCAGUCGCUGGCGGCUCUGGGAGAGGCCAUCGGGUGGGCCUUCGCGCUCCAGCAGCCGGGACACCACAACGGCUUCAGCCUCAUCGGAGGAGUCUUCACUCGCCAGGCCGAGGUCACGUUCCUGCCCGGCAACGAGAAGCUGAGCAUCACGCAGGAGUUCGGGGGCAUCGAUGAGCACGAUCACCUGCUGGUCAACACACACCUGGACGGCAGGAUCCCCGAGGUGCCGCCCGGAGCCACGGUCCAGAUCCCAGCGUACAGCGAGAUCUACCAGCACUCCAGCGACCUGAUCACGUCGUCGUCGCGGCGGGAGUACAGCGUUAGCAUGGCUGACGGCAGCGUGCGCGCACACAGCUACCUGUGGACCCAGAGCCUGCGCUUCCAGAGCUGUCCACAGGGGGCGCUCUCGCUCUCGGACCCCGAGCGCCAGCAGCUCAGCGUCGACCAGCUCUUCGUCAUGUACGACUCCAGCAACCAGCUGAUCCGCUUCGCCAUGAGCAACAAGAUCGGCUCCGUCCACAGUGUAAUUCCCGAGCAGAACCCGUGUUUCACCGGCAGACACGGCUGCGACACCAACGCCGUGUGCCGACCGGCUCGAGGUAAAGACUUCUCCUGCCAGUGCGCCUCGGGAUUCACCGGAGACGGGCGCGUGUGUUACGAUGUGGACGAGUGUUCAGAAAGUGCUCAGAUCUGCGGCUCCUUCAGCGUCUGCACCAACCAGCCGGGAACCUUCCGCUGCGAGUGUGUGAACGGCUUCCAGUUCUCCAGCGACGGGCGUACAUGUGUCGUAGUGGAGCGUCCGGUGGAUCACUGUCAGAGAGGAACGCACGACUGCGAUGUUCCCGAACGCUCCCGAUGCAGUUUCACCGGAGACUCGUCUUACGUCUGCUCCUGUCUGCCGGGCUUCACUGGAGACGGACGCGUGUGUCACGAUGUGGACGAGUGCCAGCCGGGCCGUUGCCAUGGCGAUGCCAUCUGCUCCAACACCCCCGGCUCGUUCACCUGCCAGUGUCUGCCGGGUUUCCAUGGCGACGGCUUCAGGUGCACACCUGGCUCUGACGGCGGGCUGACGGUGUGUGAGCGGCACCGAGCAGCAGUGCUGGAGUCGGGUCAGUCGGGUCAGUACGUGCCCUCCUGCGACGGGUCCGGGGCCUACGACCCGCUCCAGUGCCACGCCGGCCUCGGCCAGUGCUGGUGUGUGGACCCGUACGGGCAGGAGAUCCGCGGAUCCAGCACACAAGCGGUCCACACACCCCUGUGCAUUGAACACAAUGUGGCUCCGCCCCUCAUUGGCCCCACCCCCAGGUCUGACAUCAUCCCUCUUACUCCCGGAGCAAACAUCUUAUUUGCCCAGAGCGGCCGGAUCGAGCUCCUCCCAUUGGACGGCGGUCACAUGAGCAGAGCCGAGGCCCGAACGCUGCUGCACGUGCCCGGUAGAGUGGUGAUCGCGGUGGCGUUCGACUGUGUGGAUCAGAUGAUCUACUGGUCUGACAUCACUCAGCCGUCCAUCAGUCGAGCCGAGAUGAAGGGCGGCCAGACCAGCGUCAUCAUCAGCAGAGAUCUGGGCAGUCCUGAAGGAAUCGCCAUCGAUCACGUGUCCAGGAACAUGUUCUGGACCGACUCCGUCCUGGACCGCAUCGAGGCGUCCCGGUUAGACGGCAGCCAGCGCCGCGUGCUCUUCGACAGUGACCUCAUCAACCCUCGGCCAAUCAUCGCUGACCCCGCCCACGGACACCUGUACUGGGCCGACUGGGACCGCGACGGGCCGAAGAUCGAGCGCUCCAGUGCGGACGGCGCCGGCAGGACGGUUCUGGUGCAGGACGGGCUCUCGCUGCCCAACGGCCUGACCUUUGACCCCCAGACCCGGCAGCUCUGCUGGGCCGACGCAGGCACUCGUCGAGUGGAGUGUGUGGACCCGGGCUCUGGUGUGCGGCAGAAGCUGGCGGAGGGGAUCCAGUACCCGUUCUCCAUGGUGUCGUUCGGCUCCAGGCUUUACUACACCGACUGGAGAAGGGAAGCGGUGGUUGCUAUGGGUCAUGAUGGGAUGGAGGUGCAGGAGUUUCUUCCUCAGAGGCGCUCGCGCAUAUACGGCAUCACCGUCACUUACCCACAAUGCCCUGCAGGUCUGAGCUCAGGCGCUCUGGUGAUAAGAGCCUGAUGACGUCAGCGAGUCGAGUCACAUGACGGUGGUCUGAUCACAUGACUCGUGUGUCGCCGGCCGGAGCUGCCGGAGGCUUGCCGGAUCCGGGCCGACU